CUAUCGCAGUCGACUGUCGGGGGAAUAUAUGCAGAAAUAGACUCCACUGUGACACACUGGUAAGACUGAGCACUGUUACACCAUGGAGGCUUCUAAGAGUUUAAUAACAUCUUAUAUUUAAAGUAGUGCUUAACAUAAGACUGGUUGGGAGACUUUGAUGGGCUUUUUCACUAUGUCAGACUACAAGAUUAUUUGUGCUGAAAAUACACGUUUAUUGAGGGAAACAUGUUUUGAUGAUGGAUUAUUGAUUUAACUUGUUUCGGCAAAAAUACCAAACAUUUCCUAUUUCAGGUGUUUUCCAGUGUUGCUGCCUUACUGUCUCAGUGAAGAUUAAAUAUGUUUCAAUCGCACUAAACAAUUUGUAGACGCCACCUUGGGCUUUACCUAAUAGUGAUGGACAUUUUUCACUGUUUCCUGACAUGUUAAUUGUUAUAAUCAGCAGAUUGAUAAUUAAUGAUUAACAAUGAAAACAAUUAUUUAUAUUAAAAAAAAUAUUGUAUUAAUUACAAAUAGAUUUUACGAUAGUGUGAUCUCCUUUCUAUCCAUCUGGCGCUCAGAAGUGUACAUCCCGUCCAGAGGCGGGGAUGGAGCAUCAGCCGACAUCACAUGCCGCUGUACCUGCUCUCCUCCAACAUGGACCAGUGUUUGGCCCUGACGUCAGCCGUUACCGCCCUGCCUGCAGUAUCGGUGCCCACAGAUGAUGAGGAUGAUGGAGACGGGAGAAGCGGCCUCGCCAUGAAUCCCACCCGGAGGGGGAAUUAAAGGCGCACGGAGAGUGAGACAAGAAUUUGGGGACAACAACAACAAAACAACACCGAAACGUGAACCUUUCACAUCUGGCCCCCGCGAAGAGAUAUACGGCGGCCAAACGCGAGGGAGUGACUGGCUGCGCCGCUCCGGUCGGGGUGUUCCUCAGUUUGGCAGCGCUCCUGCGAGCGCGCCCACUGUGGAGGCGAUUUUAGGGAAGACAUCCACCGGGUAAAUAUACCACCAACCGGACGGUUUUCAACAACGCGGGUGGAUCCGAUGACCAGAGGUGAAUAAAUGCCUUUUUUUAAAAGGGUGGAGCUGUGGGUUUCUUUAAUAAAUGAUGAGGAAUUCCGCUCGCCACUCUCAGCCUUAUUGUGAAAGGUUGAUUUGAUGUUUACGUCUGGCGGACACUGAUACCCGACCACGGCGACUUGUUUUUUUUUUUUUGAGUGUGUGUCCGAACAAUGACACAGGUGAUGUUAUGUCACCGGACCGAGCGCUAGAGACGAUGGCUGCUGGCCGGUGCGGGACUACCCCGAGCUUUCACGUGAAGCGCCCUGACAGCGGCUCUCCACGGAGGCUGUUUAUGCAAUCCGACGCAGUGUUGCAAGUGGGCUGAUCUGAUGCUACUCUGCUGUCUCCCCGUGUGAUACGAUCAGCCCCUGAAGAACUGCCGGGCCUUAUGUGUUUCUGUGAAAUAUGCUCGGGCCUAAACAUCACAAAGUGAAGGAGCUGUCACGGCGCGCGGGAUGAGGCGAUGCUCUUGAAGAAAAGGGGCCAUUUCUGGAUUUAAGGCGUAAAAAGCGCGCGGUGGUUGUGGGAGCGAAAACAGCCAUCAUGUCGAAAGUUGUCAGCAGCAAGGAGAAGAAAUCCUUCAGCAAAAAACUCUUCCGGAGAAGCUCGGUCCGCUCCGUUGGGAGCUUUAUGAACAGAGUUCUCCGGACUCUGUCGACUCUCUCUCAUUUCGGUACCGACGAGCAGGCCGCCGAGGAUGAGAAGGACGACGCCUCUCUGAACCCGACCACCACGGGAGGGUCGCUCCAGUCUGACGACAGCGACUGCGGGGGGUUCCCCUUCGGCGACAAGGUGCCGGGGGUCGCCGGACUGAAGAACCACGGCAACACGUGCUUCAUGAACGCGAUCCUGCAGUGCCUGAGCAACACGGAGCUCUUCGCCGAGUACCUGGCUCUGGAGCAGUUUAAAGGCGGGGAGACGAGCAGCAGCGGCGGCAACGACAAGGCCAAGUCCAACGGGGUGCUGGUGCAGAAGAAGGGGAGCCAGCAGCAGCAGCAGGACUCCGGGGAGGUGACCGAGCAGCUGUCCGGUCUGGUCCGGGCUCUGUGGACCUUCGAGUACACGCCUCAGCACAGCAGGGACUUCAAGAAUGUGGUGUCCAAGAGCGCCCUGCAGUUCAAGGGUAACUCCCAGCACGAUGCCCAGGAGUUCCUCCUCUGGUUGCUGGAUAGAGUUCACGAAGACCUCAACCAUAUCAUCCACCCUGACAGCAGACCCCCCAGGAAGCCUCCAGUCGAAGAGGAAAAUGCCCCUGAAGGAUCUCCACUUCCAGCACCUGGCUCUUUCGUACAGGAGUUGUUUCAGGCACAAUACAGGUCCUCCCUGACUUGCCCUCACUGCCAGAAACAGAGCAACACCUUUGAUCCUUUCCUCUGCAUCUCACUGCCAAUCCCCGUACCUCACACACGGCCCCUGUAUGUGACAGUGGUGUACCAAGGAAAAUGCUCCCACUGCAUGAGAGUCGGGGUGGCCGUGCCUCUUUCUGGCACCGUGUCCAGGCUGAGACAAGCUGUGGCCACAGAGACCAAAAUCCCUGCCCAACAGAUCGUCCUCACUGAAAUGUACUUUGACGGCUUUCAUCGCUCCUUCUGUGACGACGACGACGACCUUGAGAUCAUUCAGGAGAGUGACUCCAUCUUUGCCUUCGAGACGCCUGAGCUCUACAGACCGGAGCAGAUCCGCUCCAAGCGUGGCGGGAGCCCGCAUGCAAAUCUCAACCAUAACAACCUAAAGUACGGCACAGAUAAUAAUCGGAUAUCCACACAAAUACAAGAGCCGGCAACACCGCCUCAGAGUCCCAAUAAGAACAGUGGACAGGCUGAGAAGAUCGUCUUGCUAGUGUCCAACAGAGCCUGCGCUGGACAGCAGGGACGCAGGUUCGGUAAUCCAUUCAUUCUGUAUCUGGAGCGUACGGUGACAUGGGACGUACUUCAGAAAGAGAUCUUGGAGAAGAUGCGGCAUCUAUUGCGCCCUGGAGUCUUUGUGCAGGUAGGGCCCUUCACUUUGCGUGUGGUAGGAGUGGUUGGAAUCACGUAUCUCUUGCCUCAGGAGGAGCAGCCGCUCUGCCAUCCCUCCGUGGAGAGGGCAUUCAAGUCUUGCGGUCCUGGAGGGCCACCUCAUGUCAAAAUUGUCGUUGAGUGGGACAAGGAGACGAAAGACUAUCUGUUCAAAAGAACUGAGGAUGAAUACAUCCCAGACGCUGAAAGUGUGCGUCAAGCAAAGGAGCAGCACCUGCAGCCCCAGACCUGCUCACUGGCCCAGUGCUUUCAACUCUACACCAAAGAGGAACAGCUGGCUCCUGAUGAUGCAUGGCGAUGUCCUCACUGUAAGCAGCUUCAGCAGGGCAGCAUCAAGCUCAGCCUGUGGACCCUGCCAGACAUCCUCAUACUGCACCUGAAACGCUUUAGACAGGACGGGGAUCGACGAAUGAAGAUGCAGAACAUGGUGAAGUUCCCGCUCACAGGCAUGGACAUGGCGCCCCAUAUGGUGAAGAGGAGCCAGAGCAGCUGGAGUCUUCCCUCACACUGGUCACCAUGGAGGCGGCCUUAUGGGAUGGGCCGUGACCCGGAGGACUACCUGUAUGACCUGUACGCAGUGUGUAACCAUCAUGGGACCAUGCAGGGAGGACAUUACACAGCUCACUGUAAGAACUCUAUAGAUGGACAGUGGUAUUGCUUCGAUGAUAGUGAUGUUCAGCCCAUAUCUGAAGACGAAGUCUGCAAGCAGACCGGUUACAUCUUGUUUUAUCAGAGACGUGCCACAAUUCCAUCUUGGUCUGCCAACAGUUCUGUGGGAGGAUCCACCAGUUCCUCUUUGUGUGAGCACUGGAUCAGUCGGCUGAUGGGCAGCCGUCCACCGAGCCAAGCCUCAUCUGGUUCCUCCAGACGCACGUCGCUGGCCUCCCUCUCCGAGUCAGCUGAGUUUGGUGGUGAACGGAGCGAGGAUGAUGGCUUGUCGAUCCGGCCAGCAGUAAGGGGCAUGCAAAGACAAACAUUCUCCUCAAGAUCUUCCAUUGCCAGCCCGCUGGUGCUCAGUGAAAAUGUCACUAAACCAUCCUGGUCCCACUCUGCUAAGCUCCAACUCCGUUCCAACUCUCCCUCACGCUUCUCCCUGGAAUCCCACUCCUCCUCCCCGACGCUGGAGAGGAUAGGAGAGGUGGUUGAUACCAAGCUGUCCCCAAAGCUGGACAAAGCGUCAGGGGGCAAGUCGGCCCCUGCGACUUUGGAUAGCAAUCCAGGCAGUAAGAGGCUGAUGGAGCAGGUUCACUCCAAGACUGUGGCUCAGGCAGAGCAGAGGAGCUCCACCCAGACUGGGGACAACAACAAUGCGGCCACGGCUGCUGAACAGCUCAGUCCUCGACACGGGGCAGCUGCAAAGGACCCGAAACAAAGAAACGGGGCUGCAGAUAGCGCUUGCAUUAAAAGGACCUCAGCAAGUCCCAAGAAGCGCCCUGCCACGUCCUCAACAUCGUCCAGCUCUCUGUCUCCUGCAUCCCCAGCCAUUGACAAGUUAACGUCUCGAACUCAGACCAAGAGUGCAGCAUCAGCGUCAUCGCCCAAGGACAAAAGCGAUGGACCACCUAAAACUAGCAAGGCUGGUUCCUCGAGAACAGCAACCCCCUCGAAGAAAGGGUCAUCCCAAACCCCGGAGGUACUACACCCUGACUCUGCCCAACAGAGGAAGAGUGGUACUCCAGGAUUACAAAGCUUACACCCUCCGAGGAGGACAUCGCCCAGAGGGGGAGGCGAGAAAAUCUCAGCCUCAGCGAGGACUAAAGCAGCAGACCGGAGCGCUAGCCGUGAAUCCUCACGGAAUAACGUGGUCACAGAGAAGAAGGUCAGCCACGGAGGGCCUCCCCGGUCGAGUGCUGCUAGUAGAGCAGAGGGCAGGCCGGGCCGUGCUGUGGAGAACAGGGCACCGGGCCGGAGCUCGAGCAGUAGCUCCUCCAUGGCAAGUCUCCGAUCUUCGAGUGUCGGUGUUUCCUCUUCAAGCGCAGCCCCUCCAUUACGGGGACCUCGAAGUAACAGUAAGACAGAGGACAAAGGUUUAUCCUUCUUCAAAACUGCUCUGAGGCCCAAAGAGACGCGGAAGUCAGCUGAUGGUGGGAAAGCAGGGGUGGGAGAGGCUAAAGCGAGUCCGGAGGACGGUGCUGGGGACGCGUCUAGAGAGGGAAUCCCACACGGAGCAAGCAAGAAAGCCCAGAGUGCGGCUUCAGAGGCCCAGGCUAAUGGGACCACAGCCAAAGACAAAGAAUCCUCAAAGGCGUCCGCUGCAGCUAAGCAUUCACUGCUGCCCUCCACAAAGUCCAAGCUCUCUGGGGCAGAAACGGCCACCCAGUCCUCUGCCAAUGCAAAAGACCCUUCGAAGAAAGAGCCUGCUAAAAAGACAAUGCCGUCCAGGAAGAUCCCUAUCAGCUCUUCACAAACUAGCCAGAGGGCCAAGUGACAUUCUUUUAAAAGGCCUGAUAACAAUCUCUCUCGUGCAGCUCUGAGGUGUUUUAACCAUCAAACCAGACCCGGUGUCUGACAAACAUCUUUAAAGCACCUGUAGCUCUUCAGUGGUUACUGGAUACCAGCUGCCAUACCGUACACUUACUGUCCACAUUGUUAAAUAGUUAUUUAGGAAUGGAUUUUAACGAAGCACUUUGUAUGGAUUGCAUUGAUUUUGAGGAAUAGUAUACUGUAUUAUAAAUACGCAUGGACUGCACAUGUAUUGAAUUAUUGCCUUGUUCUGUCUGUAGCAUAGUUGGGAGGAGUACAUCUCAGAUGGAGGUGAAAAUAAAAGUGACUUUGCGCAAGACAGAAAGCAGAUCAAAUGGUGGAAAGAAACUUUUGAGAUACAACAAACACGGACUACUCGGUCACCAGAGGAAGUUUACUGGCAAUGUUUGACACGCUGAUACAGUGAAACACUGAAUUAUUUCCAAAAAUCUUCAUGUACAGCUCUCUGUCAAUAUUGAGAGCCAUAUGUCAACAAACAUCAGUGCCUCAGAUAAUCAAUGUAUUUAAUCGGAACCAUAUAACUGCAGGUUGUUGGUAAAUUUAUAAUUCAAUUUUAAUAUUUAUUAUUAAGCACUGAAAAUGUAAUUACAAGUCGACACACGAUUAAGCCUAUUUAACCUGAAACCGCUGUUUACAUAUGCUCCUUGAUGUAGUCAUCGUGCAACAGCCUUUAAGAAGUCCUUUUGUGCAGCCAGAAACAAGACUCGUGGGGGGGGGGGAGUGCAGGAAGGGAAGCAUGUGUUGUUGGUGUUAAAUGUCUGGAGACGUCCGGUUUGUAAUGGUUCCUAAAUGUUUGUGUUUUAUUUACCAGUAAUGACCCGUUACCCCCCCCCCCCCUCAAGACAACCUCACACCCCGUCCCCACCUCUGCCCUCCAGCUGCUGAUGCCAACACUUAAACCUGUCCAUGUAACCUCACGGGGAUCAGCCUCUUCAGACUGCCAGACAUCUCCAAAACAUUCCUCUCAAAUGAACACAGGGUUUAAUGUAAAAAAAACAAAAAGCCACUAUACGCACACACAUAUUCAAAGACAGCUGGGAUACCUUCGUUGAAAAACACCAUACGUGUACAUAGAGCAUUAUUGGUAUGCUUGAGUCAGCCCCAUCUUCUGUCUUCACGUGUGACAUCACAGCUCGUGCACAUCUUUUAGCUUGCAUUGCAGAGUAGAACAACACCGAACGCACUGAGAGAAGAGAUCACCUAUCCAUGAAGUAUACGACAGUUGUUGCAUGAUAAAUUGCUUAUGCAUGCACUUAACUAUGCAAGCAGAUUCUUGCUGAUGCCCACACUGAGUAUGUAGAGUACGUGCUACUCUUGGAUGUGUAUAUAUUUCUAACUGUAUAUUUUUCCAAAUGCUGGCAUCAGAGAGCAUGUUAAGGCAUCCUUUAUUAAAGCUUUGUUUGCACAUUUCUUCAAAGUAAUAUACAUUUUGUAUGAAUGAUAAGUAUUGCUCAUUCACCCUCUCAAAGUAAAUCAACUCACUUGCAAAUUAA